AUGGCUUACAGAGACUCAUUCGUCAAUCCCUUAAUUCCGAAAGUAUUUGACGAUAUGAUAAAAUUAGAUUCCAAUGGAGAGAUCGAAAGUACUUUACGUAAGCAACAAAGGAAUCAGACAAAUGGUCGAAAACCUCGGGUUGGCCUUGGAUAUCAAUCUUUUAUCCACCUAAAACGUAACGCAACAAAAAGUCAGCUCUUAUGCCUUCAAAGUUUCGGUGUACUUGUUUAUCAGCGUGAGACGACAAUCUACGCAAUGCAUCGUGCUAAAGGAGGAUUACACAUUGUAGAUAUCAUUACAAACUUUACGAUCCCAGAUAACAAAGACCAAGUGUAUGUUAUUGAUGAAAUAAUAGAAAAAGUGUAUUUUUCAAGAAAUAUCGCGAAAGUACAAGAAUACUCUCCCACUAACGAAAAUCCACUAGAAGCGUCGCCAUCCAAAAGGGCAUUAAGAAAAUUGUAA